AUGUCAUCUCAAGACGCUUCUUUCCUCGCCAACAACAUCAUGAAGCCAUCUGGUAUCGACUACAAUGGACCCUUAUUGGGCCCUCUUGUGCAUCCUAGCGGUCAUGGUGUCUCAGGCAACAUGGUGUUCAGCUCCUUAGGCCACCAAACGGCGCCAUUGGCGACUCCUGCGAGUUACAGCGAAGUGUUGAAGAGGCCUUACGUUCACCCUGGGGCCAACCGAUACGCCAGCAGUGUGACCAUGGCAAACUUAGGCCAUGUCACUCAAGCAGGUUGGACUCCGAAAUCAGCGAGUCCUGUUGUUACCAGCGUCGCCCAGCCCAAUACCAUUCAUCUCGACAUGGAUAGCGGUGAUGAGCUGGACGAGCUUGACGAUUUUGACUGGAAUUACCCUGUCAAAAGCUCCUCUGUGUGGAUUUUUGAAGCCACCAUGCGUUCAGAUCUUGCUACGCCAACACAAUCCCGUCACAAAGAAAAUACGAUGCCAGUCGGUUCUCAGGCUUCCAACGACUCUGACGAUCUUGUGAUUCAAUCAACCGACAAAGGCAAAGGCCCGAUGGUGGAAGUGAACGUCAUGGGAUCUUAUAAUGUCAAGCUUUCUCAUUUGAUGUACACUGAAAAAGGUGUCAAUCCCCUCAAAACCUCCGUCCAAAAAUUGAAAAACAGUGUCGGGAAAUGGAUGGCGUAUAGGAUUGAGCCAACCACGAAAAUCAUCGACAUCAACAACAACGAUUUUGUUGCCCUGAAACAAAUCCUUCUCACCGUGGCUGAUACCAUUGACCAAGAUGCUCCCCCUGGUGGGAACGGUGCAAUCUUUAAAUUAGCGGACGCUAGUGGCUCUGUAAUCAUCAGCGCUUAUAUCAAUCAACACGACGUCUUCAGUCGGAGCAAGGGUCGGAAACUCGUCUCCAAUCAGGAUGCCCAAGACUUCUUUGCGGGAAUGCAGCUUGCGCCAUUGAAGGAGGCCGGAAUCACGAUUUCUAUGGCCGAUCCAGCCAAAUCAGCAAAAAUGGCCGACACUAAGAUUGCGAUGGCACAAACCAGGCUCAAAGCUAUGAGUGCCAUGAACAACGUUCCGCUCACUUCGUCUCAACUCACCAAUGCAAUUCCUCUCGACCCUAUCCAAGUCAACCUUGAAGCCAUCAUUAAAGAAUAUGGUAGCCUCGACAACCACAGUCGCGAGGGAUGGCGUGUGUAUAAACCGAAUGAAGCUUCCAAAUUUAUGCAGAUGAACUAUGAGCACUUGCACAAAUGGGCUCAAGAGAUGGUGAGAUCCUAUCUAUAUCUCCUUAACCUUGAUACAAUUGCUGAUGGUGUAUCUCUUCAGGCCGAGUCAAAAGCGGGUGUGGAUUUAGAAAACCCCCCAAUGUAUCUCAAAGGAUUCGAGUGGACGGACGUCAAAAGACCACUGUCAACAGCGGCUCCGCCACCCUCUGCCAAAAGGCUCAAAGGCCCCGACUUUGACGUUUUCCAUCUCGAUAAACCCGGCGGAUACUCCGAAUGCCAGGGGUAUCAUAUACGAGUUAAUCGUGAGGAACUCGAGGAACUCAAGAAAUACUGCACUCUGGAAGAGUUCUUAGAUUACGCUGGGGUAGCCCCUUACUUUGUUGCCGAACUGGCCGAGUUGUUAGGCGAUCACCACAUCGAGAAUUUCAAUCAAUUCUUAUUCCCUGAUUUGAUGGACAUCCGCGACCUAUUGAAGUUAGGAAUCACUUGGGGGAUGGCUAUGAAGCUAUUUGCGCAAAGUCGUAUGUUCUACCAACAUCUCAAGAAGGAAUUCGCCCCCUUCGCCACCGCGACCCCUUGCAAAGUUUCUAACAACUCAAAGACUCGCCGUUUCGCCGAAACCAGCCAAUCCACUCCUACUGCACCUCAAGCUGGUCCCAGUCGCAUCCCUUACUCUGCUCCUCGCGCUGGACCUAGUCGUUCAGGCGGCUGUUAA